AUGGCCCGGAACAGUGCUGGUUUCGACCAGCGGUAUAAGGGCGAAACGACCCCAGCUGAACAGGGGUCGGAACAAUUUUUCUUGAAUAAGCGGGACAACAUGCUCGCAAUCGGCAAGGCCAAGGAAAGGCACUUUAAAGUCCUUAAGCAGGCCUAUCUGGCCGAAGAGAAGAGAAUCCUGGCUAAGGCCAUGGAAUACCACCAAAAGGCCGAAGAGGCCAAGAAGGCCACUGCGCCUGAUGAUGACCAAAGUUUCCUUGCGAAGUGGAAGAGACUGCAAGAAGAGAAGAGGGUGAAGGAAGAAGACAAGAAGGAGGUGAAGGAGGAAGACGAGAAUGAGUAG